AUGGGGCCCGGUCCGAAGGCGCACCUUCUAAUAUGCCUCCUCUUGAUCGUGGGUAUGACUAUGUUUCACAAUAAGCCUGAAAAACACACAGACGACAAGUUGCAGACCGUCAAGCAGCGCAGAAUACAGCGCUGUAAUAAGUUCCACCCAUGUAAAAAUGGUUGCUGCUCGAAAUCCGGCCUCUGCGGCGUCGGGCCAGACUACUGUGGCAUCGAAAACUGCGUUGAUUGUCGCGAGAAAGAACCACCGCGCUGUUCCAGGUCCAAGAUCAGCCGACUUGCAGGCUACUACGAGCUAUGGAAUGACAUACGACCUUGUAAUAAGUUCAUGCCUCACCAAAUUCACUUCGCUACGUACGCGCACGUGAAUAUCGCAUUUGCCACCAUCAACCCGCACACGUUCGAGCUGAAUCCCAUCUUCUGGCACCAUGCCAUGGAGAUCGAACAGCUGACGGAGCGGAAGAAGUACGACCCAGACCUAAGAGUCUCUGUGACAAUUAGUGGACUGUCUGGAAAUGAUUGGGGACUGCAUGACUCGUCCGUGUUUUCACGGUUGGCCGCCUCGGAGGAGUAUCAGGCUGUCUUUCUCCGAUCUCUUACCUCUUUCAUGUCGACCUACGAUAUUGACGGGGUCGAUAUCAACUGGGAACAUCCGGACGGACAGUCCGACGACUAUGAGAAUCUCCCGCGCCUAAUCAAAAACAUCAAAGCGGCGCUCAUGAUGACGGGUGGCCGUUACGGACUCACCAUGACGCUUCCGACUUCGCUGAGCGCGCUGCAUAAUUAUAACCUACGGAAACUGAACCGCCAAGUCGACUACUUCAAUCUUAUGCCCAUUGAUCUUCAUACCCAGCUCUCACCAGGAGAUACAUGGCAGGCCGACACUCUAGGCCCCGUGGUGAAUCUAACCGCAGUGUCUCAGGCCGUGGACCUCCUAUGGCGCAAUUACAUCCACCCUAACGAUGUGAACCUAGUUCUCACACUCUAUGGCGCAUCGCUGAUUCCAAAAAGCCUAGACUGCCUUUCUCCCGGCUGUCUUGCCAUCUCCGGCGCUCUAGGUGGAUUCAGCAGCAAGAAGACCGGCAUGCUCAUGAACUCCGAGAUCCAGGAUAUGAUCGACCCAGAGCGUCACGAACUAAUGUACGGACGACUACGUCACAAGCACAACUGGGGAAAUCUCGAGACCAAGUUUGACCCGGAGAUUGGCGCGCAGAUUGGAAUGAACGGCGAGCGAUGGAUCGCGUACGAUGAUAAAGAAUCGUUGGAACAUAAGAUGGAAUUCGCGAGGAGUUGGUGUUUUGGGGGGAUCACGGCUUGGGCAAUUACCCAUGAUACAUGGGAUGCCGAUUACUCCAAGGUGCUAGACUGUUUAGUUCAGGGCUAUGGAAGGUGGAAGUCCUUGCAAUUGUUUUACUGUGAUGAAAUUGCCAUAUGA